GCUCUUCUUGGGGGUGGGGAGCGCUCCCAGAAUGCACCUUGUAUCAACACGGCGGCGGCGGCGGCGGCGGCGGCUUCCAGGAGGGUGAGGACGUCUGGCGGAGCGGCGUACAGUUCGAGCAGUAUCCCGCCAGUCGGUGUUGUGGGGCGACUGCGACCAUGGCGGAGUCGACGCCUACUCGGCACAGGAGGAAACGGCGCGCCACGCCAUUAGCUCCAGCCACACCACCUUCACAGACAACAGAGAAAAGCCCGUACUUUCAGACCACAGAAAUCUCACUUUGGACAGUGGUGGCUGCUAUUCAAGCCGUGGAGAAGAAGAUGGAAUCACAGGCUGCCCGACUGCAGAGCCUGGAGGGGCGUGCAGGGUCAGCGGAGAAGAAGCUGGCUGACUUCGAGAAGACAGCUGUGGAGUUCAGCAACCAGCUGGAGGGCAAGUGGGCCGUGCUGGGGACCCUGCUGCAGGAGUACGGCCUGCUGCAGCGGCGGCUGGAGAAUGUGGAGAACCUGCUUCGAAACAAGAACUUCUGGGUCCUUCGUCUGCCUCCCGGCAGCAAGGGGGAGACCCCAAAGGUAUCUGGGUCCCUUGAGAAUGAUGGAGUCUGUUUCUCGGAGCAGGAGUGGGAGAACCUGGAGGACUGGCAGAAGGAGCUCUACAGAAAUGUUAUGGAAAGCAACUAUGAGACGCUGGUGUCUCUGAAGGUCCUUGGCCAGCCAGAGGAAGAAGUGGAGUUGGGUGCAGAGAUGGUGGGUGACUUGGUGGAAGAAGGUACCCACCUGGCAGAUAGGGCCAUGGUCAAACAGGAGAUGCUGUACAAGCAGGAAGGCCCUGCAGGUCUUCCCAACAUGUUUUCCAGUGCAGUUGAACAGCAGGCUUUCUUUGGCGCGGAGCAGGCUAUGUUCUGGAAUAGUCCAGGAGAUUCUGCCCUCUUGGAAUCAGGCCCUGGGGACUCAAACCCUGAGUCUGUUGAGACCAGUAGAGACCCUGCCCCUGGUAGAAAUCUGGACUGUCCCCGAAAACAGAAGUCUCACAGACAGGUGCAACUGGGUCAGGAGUGUGGACAGGGUCUGAAGGUGAAGAGGGACUCCAGCCCGUACAAAUGUCCCGAGUGCCAGAUCAGCUUUCGCUACAAGCAGCAGCUGACUGCACAUUUGCAGAGCCACGCGGGCAGGGAGUCUUACUCUGCCACAGAACCAGAGGAGAGCCUUAGACCCAGGCCCCGGCUGAAACCACAGGCCAAAAGGUCGAAGCUGCAUCAGUGUGAUGUGUGCCACAGGAGCUUCAGCUGCAAGGUCAGCCUGGUGACCCACCAGCGGUGCCAUCAGCAGGAAGGCCCCAGCACCAGCCCACAAAUCCAGGAGAGAUUCUCACCGAACAGCUUAGUUGCUUUACCUGGCCACAUCCCUUGGAGGAAAAGCCGGAGUUCUCUCAUCUGUGGGUAUUGUGGCAAGAGUUUCAGCCACCCAUCAGACUUGGUUCGGCACCAGCGCAUUCACACGGGUGAGCGACCCUACAGUUGCCCUGAGUGUGAGAAGAGCUUUGUCCAGAAGCAGCACCUCCUGCAGCACCAGAAAAUUCACCAGCGGGAGCGGGGUGGGCUGGCUUCAGAGUCUGCCAGACCCAAUGGCCUGCUUUAAGGUUGCCAGCCCCUCACCGUCGUCCGGGGGCGGAGGGGGGGUGGCGUCAGUCCCCCGAAGACACACUACAAAGUCUGGCUGGCUCCUUCCUGAGGAGAAUUGCUCCUGCUUUGCCCUCCUUGGCUGAGCACAGAGGCUUAUGUGAGGUGCCGGAGAGAGGGAUCUGUGGCCCCAGCCUUUGCCAUCUUGGCCUUGUUGAUGUGUCUGUUGUUUUGUUAGCGCCUGCAGGUCUCUGGUUUUCUCUUUUCUGGUGCACUGUCAAACCACAGGGACUGGUGGCCAGUUCCAGGGCCCACUCUAGCAUUUCACACGUCUUCCCACAGUUGUAUGGGGCCACAGAGGUAUGUGCUAAGUUCCAGGAAGUAUUACCCUCAAUUUCUCUUCCUUUUGUAGCCUCCUUGUUAAUAACUAGUAUAAAUAAUUUAAAUGAACUGUUUAGCUUGUUCUAAAGACCCCCCUUUUGGAGUUAGAUUCUUGUUUUUCUUUUUAAAUAUAGCUCAAAACUUGUUUUAUAAAUUUCAAGAGUUGUAGAAGUUGUUCCUAACAUGGGAACUGAGCCUACCCUCCAGGAGGGAAUAGUUUAUGGGGCUCUUUUAGCCCACCCACACUUAACAUAGGCCAGAGAGCCAAGACACGUUGCUGGCUUCCCUCAUUGCUGGCUUCCCUUGGUGGGUUGCUGAGUCCACGCAGGUGGGGCUAAUUUCUCAGGUGGGCCAAGAGGAAGCCCCUAAAGCCCUGCUGAGAGUAAAGACUGGUUUGAAGAAGCUAAGAGUUCAGUCCUGGGACUUUAGUGUCCCCUCUCCCCGAUGUGUUUCUGCAGCCCUGGGCGAGGGGUGGGGAUGAAAGACUGAGCUUGACUCUAUUACACCAGGCAUCACUUGAGGUUGUGCAGAUUAGACUUUCCAGUGGCUGUCCCAGGGAUGACGGAGAAGAAGCACAGAUGCUAACACAGGAGUGUUAAGUACCUGCCCCACUGUCAUUGGGGAGGGAGGUGAGAGUGGGUUCCUUGGUCAUAUGUGAAUGUACUCUUGUCUGGAAUAAAUCUUCGUUACUUGUAUUUAAAAAAGCAAAA